CUUCUUGGCGUUCACAUCGAUAUAGAAACAGGCAGCCAACGAGAAACCAGCCUAAGUGGACUCUUCAACAGGAUCCUUUUUCUGCAACAGUGUCUAAAGUUUAUUGUUGUUCUUUUAAACGUUUUUGCCACAUACGUGAAAUUCCAAAAUUAAUUAAAACGGCACAAUUAUUUCGUUUCACGACUCGCGUCAAAAUUUCUAAACUUCAACCACACUUUUUUCCUCCAAAUAAACGAUUUAAACACAUCGAGAUGUUGAAAUUCGUGCAAAUACUGUUGUGUUAUGCUCUGUUGCUGACCAUUUUGGUGACUGUGGGCGAGGCGCGUCCUUCCGGCGAAACCGGACCUGAAUCGGAUGCCUUGGAGACGCAGGACAGCGAUGAUGUGCGCAGCGCCUAUGGCUAUGAAAUGCCCGCACAGGCCAUAUAUCCCAACAUCCCCUUGGAUCGUUUGCAGAUGCUGUAUGCGCAGUACAGGCCCAGCUACAAUGGAUACUUGCGCUCCCCCUCCUACGGCAACAUGAACGAACUAUAUCGCCUGCCCGAGAGCAAACGUCAAGUGAGAUACCGACAGUGCUACUUCAAUCCCAUUUCGUGCUUUAGAAAGUAAAUUAGAAACCGAAAGUUGCAAAGAAAACAAAAAAAAAGCAAACAAAUUAACAAAAUAAAAAACAUCCACAGCCCUGGAUAAAUUAACAUUUCAAACAUUACGAAAAUCAAAAUGAAAAUUUAGCAUAUAACUAACGCAAAUAUUUAGUGCAAUUAACUAAAGCUAAGACUCAAGCAACUCUACCUAUACAUACUACUAUAUACAUAUACAUAUAUUUAUGAAGUAACUAAAUAUGUUAUAUUUAUUACAACAACUAAGUGUCUACAUUAUGAUUAACAAACGAAAAAAUGCUUCAUUGUAGUUACAAAAAAAACAAAAAACAAAAAAAAAAACAAAAAACAACCAACCUACCCGUAUACUAUAUGUAUGUUUUUUCAACAAUUCUUGAUUCAGCAAACAACAAACUAUUU